UAUGUAGAUAGAAGGCUUUUGGCCGGACGGGAUACAGUAGCGCUACAGAAGAAAAAAAAAAAAUUGUACAAUGAAUACCCAGAAAUUGUUGCUGUUUUUGGGGGACAAUGGCCAUAAAGUUUCUAAAAGUUAAGCUGCAGCUAAUCAAAACAACUGUAAAAUCGCAUUACAGCCACUGCAGACAGUGGGUUCUAAAUUUUACUGAAAGAGCACAGCCGUUGCAACAACUGGCUGAGAAGGCUCUGUAACCUCAAAACUACUCUUUUAUCUGCGCCCGCGCUAGGUUUGCCUGAUCAUUCUCGUCCAUUCACUUUGUUCGUGGACGAAAAGCAGGGAUUUAUGAAUUCAGUACUGACGCAACAACAUGGAGAUAAACAAAGACCGGUGACUUAUUUUUUCUAAAACAAAACUGGAUCCAGUGGCCGCAGCAUUUCCUCCGUGUCUUCGUGCUGUGGCUGCAACAACAGAAGCUGUAUUAGCAAGCACGGAUGUAGUUCUCAUGAAAUUUCUUCUGUCCUUUUCUUUUUUCUUGUGAGUUAAUAUUCUCUGUGACUGUAGCCUUUUUUUCUGGGAAUGCGGUUUUGCUGUGGUAUCGUACCGUGUGGUUUCUCGAUAGUUGGAUUUGUCCUUGUUGUCGUAAUUGGAUCGCCACGGAAGUUUUUCUUCCUUGAUUGUCGCUGACUCAGUUCGCCAACGAAGUCUCCUUGAUCUGGAAACCGGCGCCGUUUAGCUGAGCAGGAUUGUGUUAACACCAGCUAACAUCAUGAGAGGCUGUUUUAUGUUUGUUUGUCCUGAAGAGUUGAACUUGCUUUUCUUCAGAGUCCAUUCGUUUCUGUUUCCUUUGCUGCAUUGUUUCCAAAUAUAGUGUAAAUAUAGAAUAAUACUGGGGUGAAGUGUGUUGAAAAUGCUUUGGGUGAUUUUGUAUGUUAUAGAGUGUAUUAAAAGGGAUCCCUAUGAGUAUCAGAAUGUACUCUGUACUUUGUCAAAUGCUACAAUUGAAAAAUGGAGCGCCCUCAACCAGUUACGCAGUGGUCCAAGGGGACCGCCUGCUGGAAGCAAAUCAAAUUUCAUAAAGCUAAGUGCACAAAACAGCUGAACUCGUAGCACUCACUUAAGCAUGUCAGCUGUCCGAAGGGAAGAUCGUAACAAUUUAUACAGAUUCCAGUCUUGCAGGUUUGCGAACCUCGUUGAAGGAAAUCCACCAGCAGGUUGAUCAAGCCUGGAGGACCAGCCCCCUUUCCAAGGAUUUACCAAUUCGUUUGGGCACCUGGAUCCUGGUUCGAGAUACUCGGAGGAAACACUGGCAUCAGCCUAGGUGGAGAGGACCAUUCCAAAUUCUUCUAUCCACACCACACGCCGUGAAAGUUGAGGGACUGCCUGCCUGGAUUCACGCCUCACAUUGCAAGAGAUGGCACCCUUGAUUGCUGUGCUACUAUGUUUUUCUUUUCCCUUGUCUACUGCCCUGGUCACCUUGACUUUCCCGUUGGGAAUCACCACAUCAGUGCAGUUUGAUUUCUGCUCUAUUAUCAACUGUGGGACUGGUCGACAAGCCCAGUGGACCGGAUCUGACAAAUACGUGUGUAUGAGGGGAAGUGACUGCGACAACUGGCAAUGGGUUUUUGCUAACACUGGAACUGAGGACUGGGGUUAUCAACCUUUUGAGGCCCAAAAAUACGGUUUGAAAAAUCGGUUUUCUAUCAUAAAAGGACAUGCCUCUCAUUGUAUGUGCUGACAACCAUUGUAACUCAGGUAUUUAUGUAUUAGGGGUAUAUGUAUCUGGAACAGACCCUUUAGGGAGAUUUCUAAUUAAGAUUGACAAUCCUGUUACUAACACCCCUCAUUCUCUGGCACACACACCCAUCUCCCCAACUUUUGGUUCAGAUUUUUCUCCUGUUAGGAUUAUGAAUAUUUCUACCCUUUCAUCCACUUUUUCAUUUGUCACCUUUCCCCCUAAUUGGUCUGGUACCUGUGCUCCAAUCCAAUUAGUUAUGCCUUUUAGACUUCUAUGCCUUUUAGACUUCUAUCCUUACCUCCCUCUCACUCCCCAUAUUAUUCCACACCUCCUUUUUUAUUUCCGACAUACCCGCUCCCUUUUCCAUACGCCUACUGAUAUCUCCUUACAUGGCCCUGGAGUAUACAUAGAUGCUAUUGGAGUCCCUAGGGGUGUCCCAGACAGAUUUAAAGCUAGGAAUCAAGUCGCAGCCGGUUUUGAAUCUAUCAUACCCCAAAUUACUAUUAAUAAGAAUGUAGACUGGAUUAAUUAUAACCAACAACGUUUCCUUAACUUCACCAAAGACGCUAUUGAAGGUAUACAUGAACAGCUUGAUCGUACUUCUCUGAUGACUUGGCAAAAUCGUCUAGCCUUGGACAUGUUACUUGCCGAAAAGGGAGGUGUUUGUGCUAUGUUUGGUGAUGCUUGUUGUACAUAUAUUCCAAAUAAUACCGCGCCAGAUGGAUCAAUAACUCGUGCAUUGGCAGGCCUCACUGCUCUCUCUAAAGAACUUUCCACUAAUUCUGGCAUUACAAAUCCCUGGGAUCAGUGGUUUGCAUCCUCCUUUGGGUCCUGGGGACAAUGGAUAAGAUCUGUUUUCAUUUCUUUGGUUGUGACAUUUUGUCUCCUCCUCCUGGUUGGUUGUUGUAUUAUCCCUUUGUUUCGCUAUAUAAUAUCUAAGUACUUUACCGCCUCUAUGGAAAGGGCAUAUGUGCUACAUGAUGAGCGCAUGUCUCGUAUAGCUUCUUCCAUUUUCUCUCCCCUUUCCCUUUCAUCAACCAUUUCAAAAUAGAAUUUAUAGGCCCACAUCAUUUUUGUUCAAAAAGGGAGGAGUGUGGAAACAAAAAAAGAUGUAAUUGAACAAAAUGUAUGUGUGUAUAGAAAAUAGGACAGAGUGAUGAAACUUGUUUGUGUUUGGCGUGCGUGACAAAAAGCAUGUAUACUUUCUGGAAGUUUCUUUUGAUGAUGUGUGUGACAAGAAAAUAUACCUUUAGGGUAAUGACUUUACAAAAACUGGAAAAGUACAAUGAGUCAGGAUGCUAUUUUUUGCUUACAUGGUCAACGAUCAGGAGAUUAGAAAGGUAUAAAAG